AUGGAUACGGCCGAAUCAAGAGAUAGUGAUGCUCCGCCAGCUGGCCAAAAGAAUGUGGCAUCCCAGAGAGCGCUAAUCAUGGCGUCGAUUACCUCACAUUCAAUCAGUGUGAUAACUGUCGCCUUCGAAAAUGAAAAGAAGAUCGAGACCAUUGAUGAGCGCCUUUCGACUAUAGAGCGCUUGUUGCAGGAUCUCACUCUCUCAUUGCCUGCGGCUACGGCUGUACAGUCCGGGCCCAAGAUCCCAGAGCCGCCGUCAUCUAGGCAUAAUGAAGGGUCAAAUGUACCAUUGGUUCUACAAGGCUCAGAAGAGCCUCCGGCAAAGCGCACUCCUGAGUUCGAGGGAGAAUCGUCGUUUAGUGCUCAUUCAAUGCAUGCGGGUGCACUUUUUGAAAAUGCCAUGAAAAGAAUACCUUUUGCACAUGUACCCAUGAUGUCUCACGCCUUAUCUGCACUACAAGACAUUAUAAAACGACAAUCACUCCCAUCGUCCGUGAAUGUCCUAAGGUUCCCGGGGCAGCCACCCAGGAAGAGAAUAAAUUUCUCUGAUUUGGAACUACCCCCUUCAAACGCUGUGUUGACCCUGCUCAGACUUGCAAAUGAUAAUCCACCUCUUUUCUUCCUUACCCUACCGGCGAUGAACCUCCCUCAUUUUACACAAAUGUGUAAAGAUCUCUACUUUUGUACAGAGGAAUACUCGUCUGGACGAUUUGCUUCAGUCAACUCUAUACUGGGGCAUCUCUUUAAAGAGAUAGCUUUUCGGUUCAAAGAUGACCCAUCCACGGCCAAGUUUUACGAGUAUAGUGAACUCUGCAUGUCAAAUUUCAUAGCAGUGAUCAGUUCUUUUGAUAUACUCACGGAACCAAGCCUGGAUAACCUUAUGGCAUUGACAUACGCUAUACUUCACGCAACCGAAUCCGCAAAAAUAUCCCUAUGCUGGACCUUUGUGGCGAGCGCAGCUCGAAUGGCCCAGAGCCUUGGUUACCAUCGGUCUGUUUCUACUGAAGAUGAUAAGCCAGAAGAUGUCAGGGUGAAAGAAUUCCUCUUCUGGUUCAUAUACUCGAUGGACAGAAGCCUAUCUCUUUGCCUAGGAAGGGCUGCGUUACUUCCAGAUUACGAUAUUGCACUUCCCUAUCCGUCAUUAUCACCAGAUCCGUCACUUCGACCAUGGCACAUAUUAUUUCGCUACUGGCUUGAUUGCUCCAAAAUAACUGGUGAGGUUUACGAGCAUCUCUACUCAGUCAAGGGUGUUUCUUCGAGCGCAGAAGUUCGGGCAAAGAAAAUCUACGAAUUAAGUUUUCGACUUCGAGAAUGGAGAGAUCAAAUAAUUGCUAUCGAUACCGAGGAAGCCUACCAUAAAGCACACAUACAAUGGAUUGUCCCUGCAUCAGAGCUGACCUACAACCUAAUGGCUACUAUAAUACAGCGUGCUGCACCUACAGCUCAACCCCCUGAGACUCCCUCUGGGCUCAACCUACAGGUCCUUCUUCAAUGCCCCUUUGCCCCGUUCAUGGUAACGUUUUGCCAUACAAUUGCAGCGUCUGACCUCGAUGACCUUAAACUACUUGGCGAAGUUGCAACUUCCCUCCAAGCGGCUGCUGAUGUAUCUGAAGCAGCAGAUCGAUUAUACCGGCUAUGUCUGGUCUUCUAUCAGGUCGCAAAAUUAUAUGUAGACGUUCAACCGAAGGAACCGCAUGAUUAUCCUGUGAUUCCAAAGCCGGGAGAAGCCUUUGACGAAUAUCUUACUUCUCUUGGGUUUGGGCCUAACACUCUGACUCCAGAGACAGCUGAUGGCAACAGUAACACCAAUUUUAAUGACCCGAAUGACCAUCCCAUAGCGGCAUUCCAAAUGCCACCUGAGAUGAUGGAGACUGACAUGUCACACACUCUUGGGGACUGGUUUCUUGACAACCAAUACAUGAUGGGUCUGUUAGAUUCCGAUUUAGCGGUCCUAAUAGCACACUUGAACUAUCAUAACGGUAAGCUCACUGGAAUAAUUUUCAUCUACCGAGAUAAAGGUUAG